AUGAAACUCUUUCUGAUCUGUGUGCUCCUCGGAGCAGCUGGUGGGUACUCUAUACCUGAUGAUGACAAGAUCGUUGGAGGUUACACCUGUACCAAGAACUCCGUCAAGUACCAGGUAUCUCUGAAUGCUGGAUAUCACUUCUGUGGUGGAUCCCUCCUCAACUCCUUGUGGGUGCUCUCCGCUGCUCACUGCUACAUGUCGAGCAUGCAGGUCAGACUGGGAGAGCACAACAUCGCUUCCUCUGAGGGAACCGAGCAGUUCAUCACCGCUUCUAGGAUCAUCAGAAAUGCCGGCUACAACUCCAGAACCCUGGACAACGACAUCAUGUUGGUCAAGCUCGCCACUCCCGCCACCCUCAACGCCUACGUCGGUACCGUGGCUCUGCCCUCUGGCUGCGCUGCCGCCGGUACCAGCUGUCUGAUCUCCGGAUGGGGCAACACUCUGAGCAGCGGAACCAACUACCCUGACCUCCUGCAGUGUCUGAAUGCUCCCGUUCUGACCACUGCCCAGUGUAACAGUGCUUACCCUGGUGAGAUCACUGGCAACAUGAUCUGCGUUGGAUACAUGGCAGGUGGACAGGAUUCUUGCCAGGGUGACUCCGGUGGCCCCGUGGUCUGCAAUGGACAGCUCCAGGGUAUUGUCUCCUGGGGAUACGGCUGUGCCCUGAGGAACUACCCCGGUGUCUACACCAAGGUCUGCAACUACAACAGCUGGAUCGCCAGCACCCAGGCCGCCAACUAG